AUGAAUACGCAACAAGCGUCUCGCAGUACCACCUUGAUGUUCACCUCCAGCCUUGCGGCAAUCCACAACUUCUUUGAGCGUGAUAAUCGCCAUCACCAACUGAUAGUCAGCUCUCAUUUAUCAUUUCAGAUUCUGUUUUGUUUCUGUUUCUGUUUUUGCUUUUGCUUUUGUUUUUGUUCCACGCUGAGGUUCAUAUCCAUGCUUCUUCAAAAAUACGCGGAGACCUUCGAGGCUCACCAGGAGACCAAAAUGUUGAAUAACUUCAAGGCGGGUCAUCUGAGGAUUCGAUUUCACAAAUUGCACAAUUGUUGGUCCCAUAUGAGUGGGGAUUUUCCUGUUUUUGUGUGCUGGUUUGUCCAAACUGUUCCCAUCUGGCUUUGA